AUGGCACGUUGCGUGGUGUUUGUUUUGCUAGUCGCAGUGACCUUACCCGGUGUGCCGAUGGUACGGGCCAUCUGUACGACUUCAAUAUCCGCCGACCGGGUUGCUGCCUGCGCUUUCAACCCAUUGCUGCUGCUAGUGGAACGCUCCGGCUGGGUACUAUCGAGACAGAAUUGUGGCGAAACAGUCGGCUCGGAAGCGUUCGAGGUGCCACCAAUCAUAUACUUCGACUACACCGAACUAGAGCAUCUUUACACCGUGGUGUUUGUGGCAGAAAAUAUCCAUCAGAGCCCGUCCGAUGAUACGUCCUCCACCGAGCGAUCGUUCUAUUUGCAGUGGCUCGUUGUGAAUAUUCCCGAAUCAUCCCUCGCGAACGGCAUGCGAUACAUUGAUGGUGACACAAUUGUUGAUUAUCUAUCACCCGUGCCACGAUCUGCCGAUGAUGAUGAUGGUGGCGAUGUUGAUGGGCAGCCGACACGCUACGGAUUCUAUCUGUACGAACAGGUUUACGGUACGAUUUAUCCACCGACACCGAGCACCAGGGAGUACUUCAAUUUGGACGGCUGGAUCAGCACAAUCUAUCCCGUGGCUGCCCUCUGCGGUCCGGUUGCAUCGAUCGGAUUCGGAGUUUAG